GGAACACUGCAUUUGCUGUCAAAACAAAAAGUCGGAUACGUGGAUCAUUAUUUUUAUUUUGGCUGCUCCUUUCACUUAUCGCAAAAAUUGAGCCUUAAUUUUCUAAAAUGAACGAGGCAGACAUUCCGAUUGACAUUCACGCUGGCAAGCUGCAGGACUGGCUGGUCUCGCGUCGAAUCGUGAACAAAAAUUGGCACCUGCAUGUUCGCGAUGUUCGAAGUAAAAUCAGCAAUGCCCUGACGGAUAUGCCAGCUCACGACGGCCUGGUGCAGCUGCUCAAGGGAGCCCACAUAAACUACUUCCACUGUCAGCAGAUCAUCGAUAUCCUGAAAACGACCGAAGCUGACACCAAGAAUGUAUUCGGUCGAUACGGAAGCCAACGGAUGAAGGAUUGGCAGGAAAUUUUGAGACUGUACGAAAAGGACAGUUUGUACUUGGCAGAGGCAGCACAAAUAUUAGUUCGAAACAUAAACUACGAAGUUCCUGGAAUUCGGAAGCAGAUCAAAAACUUCGAACAAUUGGCCGAAGAAGCGGAGAAAAAAAUCGAAGACCUUAAACGGUCGGAAAAUGUGGUCCUGGGGGAGUACCACACGUUGUGCAAGCAGUUGGGAAUUGUUGGAGACAACGUCCGUCAAGAGUUGGUGGUGAAAGUAGGUGAACUUCCGAAAAUGUUGAACGACAUUGCCGGUACCGUUUCAGCUCUGAAGAAAGCCAUCGAACUGUACAGUGCAUUCCUGGGUAAUGACCAGUGCUUGCCAAUUAUGCGACAUGUAGCCGCGUCCGGGAAUACAACGGUAUACGAGUUUCUGUAUUCAGAACCUCCGCUGUCUAUCGAAGAGCCGCCGGUCAAAUUCGAUCUGAAAGAUAAAGAGGAAGCACCUUCAGGGGAAAUAGAUUUCGGGGAUGCUGGUGGCGAAAUCGAUUUUGGUAACGAUGGUGAGAUUGAUUUUGGUGCAGUUGAUAAUGCUGAAAUCAACCUGGAAGUAGGAGACAUUGACUGGGGUGCACCAGAAGAAGCACCACAAGAUGGGAAUGAAAUCGAUUUCAACAUUUCCCUGGAGGAGAGCGGAAUCGUAGUUGAAGGUGAUGGCAAUUCUGGCGGAGUUGCCAAAGGUGACGAAGCAUAUACGAUUUGCGAUGCACCGGUUUAUAGGGAACGAUUCAUAAACGAGCUGCUAGAGCUGGAGGCAUUCCUGAAGAUGAGACUGUAUGAGCUGAGCACGGCUGAUAAGGUUCAGAUUCUGUCUCUGACAAUGAUGGACAACUUCCCGGAUCACGACAGCAAAAGCCUAACACAGAUGCUGUCCGAAGUUGAUGUCGUCUACAGCCAAAUCAACAGUCAACUGAUCCAGCAUUUACAUCGAAUUAAGCAUUCGGCAAAGUACGUCGAUAUUCUUACCUCAAAGUUGAAGCAAAAGUUGUUGGCCAUAGAUAAAAUGAAGGAUACGGAGAAGCUCAUGAAGGAAAAAUCGAUUUCCUUCCGCCAGCAGGGAGUCGAUCUUAAGCCCACGCUUGCCAAGGUGAUCGAACAGACCAAGAUAUUGCAGGGUCAGAUAGAGAAAGACAUCUCCAAACGAUACAAGAACCGGAUGGUCAAUCUGAUGGGAGCGAACCUAUAAGCAUGCACAUACAGGCUUAACGAAGGUGAUUUGUUUUUCUUCUAACUUGUUUUUGAAUAUCUCGUCAAUGAGAAAUAUAUUCUGCGAAAACGCUAAAAUAAUGGUUUUCCAUA